AUGGAAUUGCAGCCUCUGAUAAUUUCAAACUGGUUGCUUAAUUGCUCCAAAUGUUUUCAUCGCUUAACUAUUCCCGUCUCCCAGUGUGAUAAUGGUCAUAUUGUUUGCUCUACCUGCUCUCCUAAACUUAGGAACAAGUGUUGGUGCUCAUUGCCCAUUAGCUCAAAACAUUGUAAAGCCAUUGAGAAUCUAAUGCUAUCUAUUGAAAUAUCAUGUCCGAAUGCCGAACAUGGUUGUAGAGUAAAAAUAAGUUACAUCGGAAAUCGGAAGCAUGAAGACGAAUGCAUAUACGUACUAUGUUACUGCCCCAUUUUAGGUUGUGGCUUUGCUGCAACAUCAGAAGUGUUGUCCAACCAUUUCAGCCGAAAACACCGGAAUUCUCAAAUCAAAUUUAAUUAUGGUCACUCCUUCAUUGUCUCCUUAAAGUCCAAUGAUCAAGCCAUUGUUCUUCAGGAGGAAAAUGAUGGCAAACUAUUUAUUCUCAAUAAUAGUACUAUACUUUUAGGAAAUGCAGUCUAUAUUUGCUGCAUUGGUCCUAACUCCUCUGAGUCCGAGUAUAGUUAUGAUAUAUUGGCUAGGUCUCAGACAUGCAAACUGAAAUUACAGUCUUUUGUGAAAAAUGUCCAGCAGUUUACUUUAGCAACUCUUCCAUCAGAGCUCCUUGUGAUUCCAGUUGGCUCUUCUGAACCACUCAAGCUAGAAAUUUGCAUAUCUUACAUAACCCCCAUGAUGGAAAUAUCAAUAAAUAUGCCUGGAAAGAUUAAGAUUAUUCCCCUGAGGGUUAAGAUUUCAGACACGAUAGUUAAUGUGAAGAAGAAGUUUUUUACAAGGAAGGGAUCCCAGUACACCAACAACGUUUGA